AUGGCUAAGAGUAAGAGUACUAGAAGGAAUGUGCAAGAGACUGGGGAAAACUCAGGCGUGAAUGAUCCGAAUGGUCGGAAUCCUGAGGUGGAUGCACCGAAUGCUACUGAAGCGGCCACUGAGGCUGCUGCUGCUGCUGCCGCCGCUGCUGCCGCGGCUCCUCCCGUUGGGAUCGAAGCCCUGUUGGGACUGCUCGCCCAAGUGUUGGAGCGUCUGCCCGUUCCUCCCGCUCCCGCAGCGGAACCGGAAGUGGUUGAGGAACCGGUGGAAAUGAAUGUGAAUGUGGGUGUGGAAGAGGAUCCGGGAGAAAGGGUUCCAUCGUAUCUGCGGAUGAUGGAACAGAUGCAGAAGCUGGGAACCCGGUUCUUCUCCGGAGGUGGAUCCAAGCCGGUUGAGGCGGACCAGUGGAUCACUCGAUUGGAGCGGAACUUUAGUUCCAUCCGUUGUCCCAGACAGUACAAGAGGGACAUUGCGAUCCACUACCUGGAAGGGGAUGCACAUACUUGGUGGGGAGGUAUUGUUGCUCGGAACGGAGGUGUUCAGAACUGCACUUGGAUGAUCUUCCGUGAGGAGUUCACGAAGAAGUUCUUCCCACCAGAGGCGUUUGAUAGGAUGGAGAUGGCGUUUCUGAACUGCGCCAAGGCAGUAAGACCGUCCGGGAGUAUGAGGCGGAGUUUAACUCUCUGA